AUGACAAGGCAGGAGCCUAUUCAAGCUGUCCAGACGUUCGGCCGCAAGAAGACCGCCACCGCUGUGGCACAUUGCAAGAAAGGACGUGGUCUAAUCAAAGUGAAUGGACGACCCCUGGAACAUCUCGAACCUCAGAUCCUCCGCAUGAAAUUGCAGGAACCUUUGUUGGUGGUUGGCAAGGAACGCUUCCAGGACGUCGAUAUCCGAAUUCGUGUUAGCGGUGGAGGUCACGUAGCUCAGAUUUAUGCUGUCCGACAAGCCCUCGCGAAGGCUCUGGUAGCUUACUACCACAAGUACGUUGAUGAACAAAGCAAGAAAGAGCUUAAAGACCAGUUCUUUGCUUACGACAAGGCCCUUCUUGUUGCGGAUCCUCGCCGCAGUGAGGCAAAGAAGUUCGGUGGACCUGGAGCUCGCGCCCGCUACCAGAAAUCUUACCGUUAA